ACUUCAUUCAAACUUCAUUGCCAUCACACAUCACACAUUUUCCCAGGGAAGUCACCUCAGCUGCUUCCACCUUCCCACCCGCUCUCAGUCGCCCACUAGUCUUGUGGGAAAGUCCUGGUUCUGUAUAGCCAAGGAAAGCUUGACGUCGCCGCGAAUUGCAAAGCGUCCGAGGCACAACCCCGCCACUGGGAGCGCAGAUAAACCUUCGUGCCGCUUCGAAAAGAGGAACGGAUUUUCGUCCAUCGGGAGUAUAUCAGUAGGAUUUUACUUUUCCGCCAAGAAAAAACGGUUCAAAGUUGACGUAGCGAGUGUGGAGGGAUGGCGGAAGACCCAUAUUUCGCUCUCAAAGACGAGGUAGAGCUGAACGUGAGCAAUACUUCUCGCCUAUAUCAGCAAUGGAAUGACAGCCUUAAAGGGCCAGACACGUCAGCGGCGAGCGAGUCGUUUCGCCGGGAGUCGGAGGCUUUGAAAGAGGCGUUGCUGGACAUCGAUGAGGAUCUGAAAGCAUUACAGGAGACGAUAGGGAUUGUCGAGGCGAAUCCAGCAAAGUUCAGACUGGAUGUGCGAGAAAUUGAUCAGAGAAAGAACUUUAUUGCGAGGACACGGGCGACUCUCCAGGAGAUGAGAGCAGCUGUACAAAGUCCGCAGAAACGCGUGGAAAAGGAAAAUAGAGAUGCGCUACUAGGGACGAAAACGUCUAGAAAAACGGACCCAUACGGCCGUACUCAAGAGGACUAUCAGAGUUCAAAUCAACGGUUCAUUGAACGCGAAGCCCAGCAACAACAAUUAUUAUUCCGGGAGCAGGAUGAGCAGCUCGAUGGUGUGUUGAAUACCGUAGGGAACUUGAAAGAGAUUGCAAAUGUUAUGGGACAGGAGCUGGACGAUCAGACGGGGUUACUCGUUGACUUGGAAGCUAAUGUUGACACGACGGCGGGGAAACUGCAGCUCGGGAUGAAGCGUAUGAACAAGUUCAUCAAGGACAACUCAGAUACAAAACAACAAUGGACCAUCAUCUGCCUGAUUGUUGUUCUCAUCAUCCUCAUCCUGAUGAUCAUUUGGCUGUAGUUUGAAGUCCACGCGGGGUUACUUGACGUCGGUCAAGAAAAUAGAUACAAUCCUGGGAGGGGAUUUUUUUGGAGUCUAACAUCGUUCUUUGGCUAUAUGAAUGGUAUUUUGCAUAUCUGUACAUGCGAAGAGCAAGAACGCAGAAAACAACCUGCCGUUUCAUCAAUACUCAUGAUCACCCUCGGCAGGUAAAAGUCAACCUUUCACAUGUAAACU